UUUUUUCCUUCUCCGAUUAGUCUAUUCUUCUGACCUUCUUGUUUUUACUAAGGUUUAAAUAUUGCGAUCAGUUCGUGAAUUCGCUCACUAGCUUAUGUUUACAUCUGAAUCUGGAAGCAACAAGUUUGAGAGGUGGUGAAGUCUAUGGAACAAAAUCGUCGUUGUCUUGAGUUAGAAGAAAGAGUUUUGAAAGGUGAAGAAAAAUACUCUUGAGUUAGAAACAGAGUUGCAGAAACGGAAUAAAGAGUUUGAGUCACUUGAAUUGAGGGUUAAGGAAUUGGAAUCUGAGAAGUUAGUAAUGGAAGAAGAGUUGAUGAAUCUUAGAGAAUCUGAGGAAGGUUCAUUAGUUGAACAGAUGAUGGUGAACGGAGCUUUAGAGGUUGAGAAACAGGUGGCUGAGAAAGAAGCUAAGGAGUGGAAGACAAAGUUUGAGAAACUUGUGGAGACGGUUCGUAAGUUAGAUGAAAUAGGUGGGUUUAGAUAUGGGGAAUUGGAAUUGGAUGAGAAUGUCAAGAUAGGAUUGGAGUUAGCUAGGAUCAAGAAUCUUGAAUCUUGUGAAGAGUAUAAAGAUUCUCUGAGUAGGGAUGGAUUAGGUUAUCAUCAAGGUUCAGGCUCACCUUAUAUGACCACACCGGCUAAAGACUAUAUCUUGGAGAGAGACAGAGACAACAUGUCUUCUCGGGGACGAGUGAACAAGAUGUUGUCUUUUGAAGAUGAUGGUCACAAAUCUACUGGUGUAGUUGAUUUAUGUAAUGGUGGAACAGAGGAGAGAAGCGAGAAGGCUGAGGAUGAUUUAGAGGAGACAAGUAGUGGUGAGAACUAUGAAGAUGAAGAUGUUGAAUCUUGUGAAGUUAACAAAAGCACUCCUUGUAGUCGUAAGAGGAAACGUGUUAUUGCUAGUGAUUCAGAAACUGAUGAUGGUGAUGAUGAUAGUGAUGAAGAUGAUGAUGAUGAUGAUGAUGAUGAUGAUGAUGACAAUGUACCGAUUUCAAUACUCAAGAAUUUGAAACCAACUAAGCAAGAGAUGGCAGUUUUGCUAGAAACACCGGUAGAAGGAGAGAGAGUUUACGGGAGAUUGAGUGGACAGUGUCGAAUAUCCUCAAGACUUAGGAAACAGAGAGUUUCUGAAAAGAUAUCUGCUUCAAGUGAGAAAAAUCCAGCAGGGAGAGUUGUGGGGAUCCCAACAACUGAUAAUGCUGAGGAUGAUGAGACCGAAGAAGAGCCAGAAAGCGAGAGUUUGGAUGGGUUUAUUGUUGAUGAUGAUGAUGAUGAUGAUGAUGAUGAUGAUGAUGGUGAUGAUGAUGGUGAUGAUGAUGGUGAUGAUGAUGAUGGUGAUGAUGAUGGUGAUGAUGAUGAUACUCAAGAGACUGUCAGUGAACACUCAGAUGAAACCAAGGAAGAAGAAUCUGAUGGAGGAGCCGGUUAUGCUGAAGUCAUGUCAAGGUUGAGGAGGGACAAGAAACCCGAAAAGCGAAAAUGGGAGUACGAGGCAGAUAUGCUGGCGGAUUUUGGGAAAGAUCCCGAGCUUUGUAUGAAAGCGGUUUGUGUUCUGAACAGGUUUCAAACAGAAGAUGAACAGUUGAGUAGAUCAAGUCAUAUCUGCAAUGGUCGCGGUUUCAACAAGUUUGAUGCCGCAAUGGGCACUUGGAUAGCAAAUUUUCUGACGGAUGGAGAUCCUGCUAGUGAUUUGAAGAAAUCGGUCGAGGAAUUGAAAACUUUCGACCGUGAAGGCGUUGAGGUUUGCGAAAAAUUAGCAUGCCGAUACUCGAAACAACUAUUCCAGGUCUAUAACAACAGAGAUGAUCCAUUCUUCGCUGCUCCUCCAUCUCCAUAACAACAAUUUGGGGAAUAGGCCUUACAGUGAACAUGUUUAUUAUGGUUUUAACUUUUAAGUCAACAGCUAGUUUAUGUUUUAGGGGUAAAGCUCAGUCCGGUUUGGGAUGAAAAUUAGAAAAUCAAUCUAGUGGAAUUAUAGACCAAGUUUGCUUCACACGUCAAAGUUAGCCUACGCACGUUCCACCGUAAUGUAUAGCCUUCCAAAGAGAGCCAAGGUAUAAAUAUGGCAUUCUCUUCAUUCAUACACUAUCUCCUCUGGUUGAUAGGCUUUUUUCCCAAAAAAUUUUAAUAACAGAGUUGCAAAAUUA